AUGACAAAGAAAGAGGCAAAGCCAAGAUUAAUAAGAUGGAUUCUUUUGUUAAGUGAGUUUGAUUUGGAAGUAAAAGACAAAAAAGGCACAGAAAAUGUGGUAGCAGAUCAUUUGAGCAGGAUCACACCACAUGAAAGCAUGCAUUCAAACAAAGAUGUCUCAUUGAAAUAUAACAUUCGUGAAGAAUUUCCAGAUGAGCAACUAUUCGCAGUCAAGGCAUAUCAUCCAUGGUAUGCUAAUGUUGUAAAUUUUCUUGUGUCUGGCAGGUUUCUCACAGAUUUCACAAAAUCUCAAAAAGACAAGCUAAGAAGUGACGCAAAACACUACAUUUGGGACGAUCCAUACCUAUGGACGGAUCAAAUCAUACGGAGGUGUGUCCCUGAUGGUGAGCUGUUGAUUAUGUCUCGAAAUGGGUGGAAGCAAAGGCCACCCGGACUGAUGAGAGUUGUUGCAGAUUUUAUCAAAGCUAAUAUCUUUUCUAGGUUUGGAAUUCCAAGAGCUUUGAUAAGUGAUAAGGGAACUCAUUUUUGCAACCAAACCAUAGGGGCUUUAUUAAAGAAAUAUCAUGUGACACACAAGAUAUCCACCGCUUACCAUCCACAAACAAAUGGGCAAGCAGAAUUAUCAAAUAGAGAAAUCAAGUCCAUCUUGAAAAAGAAGGUCAAUCCGAAUAGAAAAGAUUGGAGUUUAAGGUUGGAUGAUACACUAUGGGCAUACAGGACAGCCUACGAAACACCAAUUGGAAUGUCACCAUACCGUCUUCGGGAAAGCCUGUCACUUACUUGUUGA